UGGCGUCUUUCAGGUGAUGAUUCUUGGGUGACGUAUAAUGGACUGGACGGGGCGCUUCGUCAGGAACAACAACACGGCUUCUCUUUCAACCACCUCGGUAGCUUGCUAGACAACAUAAAACUGAACGAUUGACGCUUUAGACCAUGUUUGUGUACAUUAGCUAAUCUCUGUGUUUUAAACACUUUUCUGGUGACGUUUCAACUGGUUAACCUUAACCUAAUUUGCUUAUUCAUUUUGCAAACGUGUUGAAUAUAACGUUACUGAGGUUAGCACUAGGCUAGUCGCUAAUGCUACCUAGCGAGAUAACAUCCCUGACCAUGAGCUCACUAAACUACUCCUCCCCUGCUAAAGAAGAGGAGAAAGAAUCUUUCAGAAUGAAAAAGGAGGAAGAGGAGGUUGUUAUAGUGAAAGAAGAAGAGGAUGUUAUUGGGAAAGAAGAGAAAGCACCUUUUAGAGAGGAAGAGGAUGCUGUCUCAAUAAAGGUGAAGAAGGAAGACGUCUUGGGAGUGAAAGAGGAGGAGACAGAAUAUCAGAUUAACACCAGAGAGAGACAUGACAAUUGUGGAUCCUCUGGGGAGCCUCAGCAACAUCCUGAUGCUGACGAGGCAGAGAAGAGUCUCUCCAGAUCAGAACACCAGAUGGACAACGCUAGCUUGUGUCGUGUCUCUCACGGUAGCACCUUACUGCUGGGUAUGAAGAGGUUGUCUGUGCUGCUGGUAGACUGCAGGAAAACAACGGGGCUGAGUGGAACUGUGAGAGGAGGAGAAGAGAUUAAAGGAUCAGAUUUGACUCACCAAAGAGGAAAACCAAACUUGGAGGAACCAGAGACGUCCAAACCAGCAAGACGACACCUCUGCUCUCAGUGUGGAAAGAGUUUUAUCAAGUUAGGAAGCCUGAAAGCUCAUGAGCGAAUACACACAGGGGAGAAGCCUUACCAUUGCUCCCAUUGUGGAAAGAGUUUUAGCCAGUUAGGAAGCCUGAAAGCUCACAGCCGAAUACACACAGGGGAGAAGCCUUACCACUGCUCACAUUGUGGAAAGAGUUUUAACCGCUUAGGAAGCCUAAUUGCUCAUGGGCGAAUACACACAGGGGAGAAGCCAUACCAUUGCGAACAGUGUGGAAAGAGUUUUAACAAGUUAGAUAACAUGAAAUCUCAUGAACAAAUACACACAGGGGAUAAGCCUUACCACUGCUCCCAGUGUGGAACUAAGUUUACCAAGUUAGGAAGCCUGAAAAGACAUGAGAGGACACACACCGAAGCAAAGCCUUUCCAUUGCGCCUUGUGUGGAACGAGUUUUAACCAUUUAGGAAACCUGAAAAGACAUGAGAGAAUACACACAGGUGAGAAGCCUUUCCAUUGCGCACAGUGUGGAAAGAGUUUUAGCUUGUUAGGAAACCUACAAUCUCAUGAGCGAAUUCACACAGGGGAGAAGCCAUACCAUUGCACCCAUUGUGGAAAGAGUUUUAACCAGUUAGGAAACAUGAAAUAUCAUGAGCGAAAUACACACAGGGGAGAAGCCAUACCAUUGCGCUCAGUGUGGAAAGAGUUUUACGGAGUUAGGAAAGCUGAAAGCGCUGAUGAGGCAGAGAAGAGUCUCUCCAGAUCAGAACACCAGAUGGACAACGCUAGCCCUUCCUCCCUCCUGGAGUCCCCGUGUCGUUCCUCUCCCGGUAGCACCUUACUGCUGGGUAUGAAGAGGUUGUCUGUGCUGCUGGUGGACUUCAGGAAAACAACGGGGCUGAGUGGAACUGUGAGAGGAGGAGAAGAGAUGAAAGGAUCAGAUUUGACUCAUCAAAGAGGAAAACCAAACUUGGAGGAACCAAAGACGUCCGAACCAGCAAGACGACACCUCUGCUCCCAGAUUGGAAAGAGUUUUACCAAGUUAGGAAGCCUGAAAAGACAUAAGCGGACACACACAGGAGCGAAGACACACCAUUGCUCCCAGUGUGGAAAGAGUUUCAAAUUGUUACGAACCCUUAAAGGUCAUGAGCGAAUACACACAGGGGAGAAGCCAUACCACUGUACCCAGUGUGCAAAGCGUUUUACCCAUUUAGGAAGCCUGAAAGCGCAUGAGCGAAUACACACAGGGGAGAAGCCUUACCGCUGCUCCCAGUGUGGAAAGAGUUUUACCCAGUUAGGAAACCUGAAAGCUCAUGAGCGAGUACACACAGGUGAGAAACCUUACAAAUGCUUAGACUGUGGGAAGAUAUAUUACUCAUCACAGUCACUUAAAAGUCAUGAGAGAAUCCACACAGGGGAGAAGCCUUACCACUGCUCCCAGUGCGCAAAGCAUUUUACCCAUUUACGAUGCCUGAAAGUUCAUGAGCGAAUACACACAGGAGAGAAGCCUUACUGCUGUUCCCAGUGUGGAAAGCGUUUUACCCAGUUAGGAAACCUGAAAGCUCAUGAGCGAAUACACACCGGGGAGAAGCCCUACCACUGCUCCCACUGUGGAAAGAGAUUUAACCAUUCAGGAAAGCUGAAAGAACACAUGAAACUGCACACAGGUGAGAAGCCUUACAAAUGCAAGUCCAAUAUGAAUGUUCAAUACACACAAUAGGUUGAUUGCUAGCCAGUUAGCUAGCUGCUACGUCUUUGUCCGCACAGCAGCUAGCUAUCAACAAAGUCAAAAUGGACUCCAGGCCUGGUGGUGGCAGCAGUGCAUUACAACCACUGUUUACCGGAUUAACCACAUUUCCAUCCAAAGUUUUUAUUUGAGUCAAGUCAUACCUUAUACAAAAACUCAAGACAGAUGUGAUGGAAACAGGUUUUCAGAAGACUGAGGUGGGUUUCCCUCCAACUUUUUACCUGGGCUUUGCUCCGUUCAUAUUUAUUUUGAUCCUGACAAACCCCAAUCCCUGCCAGUGACAAGGAUACUCAUAACAGGAUGCUGCCACCACAAUACUUAUUGUGUGGUUAAUAUGUGGUAUAUCUCCAGGUCAUCAGACUUAAAUAGUCCCCUCUAGCCGGCCUCUGCCCAGUACCCUGCCCUGAACUUUAGUCACUGUUACUAGCCGUCUACCACCCAGUACUCCACCCUGUAUUCUAGUCAAGGCUCAUCCUAUAUAACUACUACUGUUCACACCUUUACUAUUAAAAUACGGUCCAUAAUGUCUAUACACACCAUCACAUACAUUGUAAACAAACUGUAUAUUUAUAUUCCGGACUCUGACAUUGCUCGGUCUACUAUUUCUCAAUAUUUCUUCAUCCAUUUCUUAAAAGAAAUUGUGGGGAUUUGCAUGUGUUGUUUUGUUAGAUAUUACUGCACUGUUUCGCUACACCUGCGAUAACAUCAGAGAAAUGUGUGUAUGAGACCAAUAACAUUUAAUUUCAUUUGAUUUGAUCUGUGGUCAGAGGUGUGCAGACAACAGAUGGUGUUUAUGGUGGAGAGGACUGUGGACUCAGUGGAGGACAUCCCAGCCACUUGGCAGUGUUGACACUGCUACUUCCUAUCUGACUGGUAAUAGGACUUCACUGCUACUUCCUAUCUGACUGGUAAUAGGACUUCACUACUACUUCCUAUCUGACUGGUAAUAGGACUUCACUGCUACUUCCUAUCUGACUGGUAGUAGGACUUCACUGCUACUUCCUAUCUGACUGGUAAUAGGACUUCACUGCUACUUCCUAUCUGACUGGUAAUAGGACUUCACUGCUAUUUCAUAGUUUUGAUGUCUUCAUCUAUUAUGCUAUAAUGUAGAAAAUAGUAAAAAAUAAAGAAAAACCCUUGAAUGAGUAGGUGUGUCCACCGUUUGACUGGUACUGUAAACUUAUGCUACUGUCACAUAACAUAAUACCAUGUCAGAGUCACAUAACAUAAUACCAUGUCAGAGUCACAUAACAUAAUACCAUGUCAGAGUCACAUAACAUAAUACCAUGUCAGAGUCACAUAACAUAAUACCAUGUCAGAGUCACAUAACAUAAUACAAUGUCAGAGUCACAUAACAUAAUACAAUGUCAGAGUCACAUAACAUAAUACAAUGUCAGAGUCACAUAACAUAAUACCAUGUCAGAGUCAGUGUUUGCAUCCUUAGAUGCUUUGGUAAUGUGUUAUAUUGUGUACAUGUUCCACCUGUAGAUACUAGUACAUUAGUAGUACAUAACAGUGUAAUAGUGUAGUACCACAGUACGGAACCAGAACCAGCCUUCUGGACAUGUGUAGUAUGUAAAAUAUCAGGGACUCCUUGAUUCACCAAAGGUUCUUGUUCUCUACAGUUUAACAUAAACAGUAUUUCUCUCCCCUCUAAAAACAUACUUUUGGAUUAUAAACAUGUCAUUAAAAAAGAUGCCUAAAGUA